AUGGCUGGGAAGAAAGCUAUAUCAGUCUCGCAAUUUGCCGAGCACUUUCGUCGUGCUUGGCUGGGGACACAAGAGAAGUUUCAUUCUGGUCGGAGCCUCGAUCGAAAUGAUUUCAGUCGUCUGCCGCGCAGGCUCGGCCUUGCCAUCAGCGGUGGUGCUGACUCGAUGGCCCUUGCAUUCCUAUGCCGCCAACUAGAACGCACUGCCUUAGCUGGGUCGAUCUCAGUCACUGCGUUCGUGGUUGAUCAUCGUGCUCGGGCAGAAAGCAGCCAAGAAGCACGGACUGUGGUUGGCUGGCUCACUGCAAUGGGUAUCAAAACAAAGAUUCUGGAGCUGGACUGGGCUCGCUUCGCAAAGCAAGACCGUUUAGGCCUGGAGAAAGAAAACUCGCCUCUGCCAUCGGCGUUUGAAACACACGCCCGUCAUUUGCGAUUUCGAGCCCUUGGUACGGCUUGCCGUGAGAGGGGUAUCAACGCCUUGCUCAUGGGUCAUCACCAAGAUGACACAGUAGAGACAACUAUCUGGCGACUCAGCUCGGGAGGAAGAGGCGCUGGCCUUGCCGGAAUCCCUGAAGUUGCUCGAAUCCCAGAAUGUCAUGGCCUUUUCGGGGUCUCCGAGAGCGGUUCCACCAUCCAAUUGGCUAAGCACGGCAGACAUGGUCGGGAAGCAUUCCAUGUCCAAAUCGACGACAAGAACAAAGGCAGUAUCAUAUUCAAUCCAACUAUGACCCAGAAAGACUCCAGUAAACACCAAUCCGUGAGACUUUCAUCGCCUGAUAUAACAAACAAAUCCGCCUUGCCAGGUGUCUCCGUCGCAACCGGCGGGAUUCACAUCUGUCGCCCACUCCUUUCAUUUCCCAAAACCAGCUUAUUGGAGACCUGCCACCAGAACAAAAUACCCUACGUUUCUGAUCCAACAAAUUUCGACCCGACUCUGACCCCGCGCAAUGCGAUCCGCAGCAUGCUCGCCUCCGACUCUUUACCAAGGGCAUUGCGAGCACCGUCUAUCCUCUCCUUGAUACGCUCAAGUCAAGCCUUCCUUCACACAUCGACCGAGUUUUCAAACAAGCUCCUUGCAUCAAAAUGUCGUAUUCUCGACCUGAAUUUACAAGCGGGUACAAUGGUUCUUCAGAUUCGGGAUCUCCCUUCAUUCUUAGAUCCUCUGAAGUCUCAAUUAUCCCCGUCUCGCCUCUUCCAAAUUCAAGCUCUCACUCUCCGGCGCAUUACUGGAAUCAUCUCGCCUUUCCAUGGAAAUCAUUUCCCAGUGCGCAGUUACGAGCCAUUCGUCUCGCGUGUAUUUACCUCUCAAGAAGAAGGCCACGAUGGUAAUGCAUCUGAAUCAUCGAACUCAUCACCAGCUUCUCGGCAGAAUUUCACUCUGGGGGGCGUCCUGCUUCAACCCCUCACCGUGAAAGAUACCCGGGGCCAGGUCCCUGGUGGCAACAACAUUUGGCUAUUGUCUCGUCAGCCAUUCUUCAAGAACAAAGGCACCGUCUCUCGGCUCGAUAUUCAAAUCCCGAAUGGCAAGCACUCGACAGAAUUUAAAUCGCCUACGGGUCAUACUCCGUGGACAUUAUGGGAUGACAGAUACUGGUUCCGAUUUAAAGUAAUAUCUGCCGAGAAAAAGCAAGGGAACCGGUCCAGCAAGACUCGCAAUAUGACCCUCGUCAUCCGUCCACUCCAACAGCCCGAUCUUUCCAAGAUCCGCAUCGACCCUUCACUGCUCCCAGAGAUGAAACGCAGCAAGAAAAGAUUUUCUGCAAUGAUCCAUAUUUUCUUAAAGGAUCGUCUUUCCGAAAACGCACCCGGUUCCGCACGUUUUACGCUUCCAGCGCUAGCCGUGGAAAAGCCAGGUGCAUCGCCACAGCCAGCAAUCAAGGAGGCUGAGCAACUCAUAGCUCUACCGACUCUUGAUUUCCCGUUGGAUGCAUUGUCCAAGAAAAGAGGACCCAAUGCGAUAGAAUUUACUUACGGGGAAGAGAAAUGGAGAGUGACAUGGGAAUGGAUGUACAAAAUGGUUGACACCGAGGCAAUUCGCCUUAUGGGCGGGCCCGGCAAAGUUGAAGCUGAAUCGGCUAGUGUACACGACGAUGAGGUAUGA